AUGGGAGGUGGUGCACCACCAAAGACAAGGGGAUUCUCAGAGGAUCUAUGGGACAAGUUUGAUGGUGUUGUAAAGAAGGUGGACAAUGGCAAGGCAUUCACAAAUGUAGUCAGCAAGUUCUUGGCCAAGCAGCAACAGAUUGAAUCAGUCUAUGCAAAGAGCAUGGUCAAACUAUGCAAAGACAAGACAUACGCACCAGACAUGGAGAUUGGGAGUCUAAGAGAUGCAUGGCAAGUGUAUAGAGAUCAGUUGGAGAUUGCAGCAAAUCAACAUGAAGAGUUCUCACAGAGAAUAGAGACUCUAAUCAAUAACAGUAUCAAUGCAUAUCUAACAGAGUCAAAGAAACAAAGGAAGGCUUUAAUAUUGGCAGGAGAGAAGUUAAGCAAGGACUUGAAGACAUCAGAGUCUAACGAGUCAAAGGCAAAAGUGAACUAUGAGAAGUUGAAGAAGAAACAGGAGGAAGCGAAUGAGGAGUUGGCUAAACAACCACCUGGCGCAAAGGAGCAGAAGGCAAGGAAGAAUUUGGAGACGGCAACCAAGUCAGCAGACAAGGCCGACAUGGAAUAUAAGGACAGCGUGAAGCAAUUGCAACAACAACAACAAAAGUUCUAUCAUGAUGAGAUGCCCAGGAUCCUGGACGACCUGCAGCGCUUCGAGGUGGAUCGCAUUGAUCGCUCAAAGGACUGGCUGAUGGACGUCGUCGUGGGAUCCGAGCAGAUGCCGCCCAAGGUCAUGGCGGCCAACGAGAACAUCAGACGAAGCUUCGAGAGCAUCGACCGCGACAGGGACAUACAAUCGUUCAUCAUGGAGAAGAUGUCUGGCGCACAUAAGCCAUCCGAGACACAGUACGAGCCCUACCAGGGCUCCAAUGGCAACCUUACAUUCGCGAUGGGCAGUCCCAAUGGAUCACCCACUCAACCUACCCUGGACACCUCUGCGCAGCCAAGGAGCGCACCAGUCCUCACCAGCAACAACAAUCAUGUUGGUGGUGUCAAUGAUCACUCUCUACCCAAACAACCUCUGCAACAACCAUACAGUGCGCCAGUGAUGGCAACGGCUCCAGCGGCCGUAUGCGGCCCCCCAUCGGUCGUCCCCUACCCACCACCACCCUCUGGCUCAUCAUCAUCCACCGCAAGCAAUGGAUCACAGCAGGAGGAGACGGUGCGAGCACUCUACGACUACACUGCCAGCGAGGACAAUGAGAUCUCGUUUAAGGCGAACAACUUUAUCAAGGUGUUGCAGCGCGAUGAGAGCGGGUGGUACCAAGGCACGGUGGUGGGCGGUGAUGGCAAGGUCGGCAUGUUCCCGUCCAACUUUAUCGAGCAGACCGCCACGCAGAGCAAGGUGGACGUGGCCGGCAGUAAGUGCAAGGUCUUGUAUACAUACCAUCCGGAUGGCGAGGGCGAGAUCGACAUCUUUGAGGGCGAGCAGCUGACCAUCCAGUACGAGGACGAGGGAUGGUUCUUUGGAACGAGUGAGCGAGGCGUGUCUGGUCGCUUCCCAUCCAACUAUGUACAACUAAUACCCAAGUAA